AUGGAAGAUUUACCGUCUGUGAUGAACAACACCCGCGAGCACGUACGAGAUUAUUUUGACGGCAGAUGUGCUGCUGUUGUUGCUUCUCCUCCUCCUCCUCCUCUUCCUCUUCGAUUCAAAUCUGCAUCGUGUGAUGUUACUGCGACGAUGGGAAGAAUAUGUACCGAGAUCGAGGAAAAUAAUAUGGAAUUCUUCAAAGUUAUUUGCGAUAAUUUGAAAAUAGAAACUUUCGAACAAUUCGAAUACAUUGCAAAACAAGUUUUCGUGAAUGACGACGAAGACAACAACAACAUGUUCGUUACGUGGGGUAGAAUCGCCACCCUGUUGACAUUCUGCGGAAAGAUGGGCGAGCAGGGCAAUGCCAACGUACCUUGCUGGACCGUACGUUUCGUCGAUCGGUAUCUGAAAGAUUGGAUUAUGCGUCACGAUGGAUGGGACGGAUUCGUUGAUUUCUUUUCUCCAACACCGAUGCCCGUAUCGAAACCGAUGAUUGUCGGUUUGGGAAUUAUUGGACUGUUGUGCACAAUCACCAUGUUGAAAAAAUAA